AUGACGAUAUUCCUGGCACUUCUGACGCUUUUCGCCGUGAGUGUUGAUGGCGGUCUACUCGAAAAAUACGCCAACGCGCCCGGAAACGUAUAUCACGAUUCGAACGCGAAACCACCUAGGUACACCCGAGACAUCCACGGGCCGGAGCUCUUGGUACCAAGGCGAGUGCUCGAAGACGGUAGCUUUAGCACGUAUUCCCUGCCGAAUUUCUAUAACCGCCGUGAGAUCAGCGAGCGCGGCAAGCGAUCCCUCGGGUCGGCCGAUAAAUUGCACCUGGUGCUACCCUUCAACGGGAUCGAUCACCACGUAGAGCUCAGCCCGUACCAUGAAUUCAUCUCGCCCGACAUGGUGGUGGAGACGCGGGGCGCCGGGAGCACUACUAAUCUCAACGAGGGCCUGAGAUUCAGGAAGACGUCCGAUCGGCAGUGUCACUAUCGCGGUACUGUUCGAGGCAACGCCAAUUCCAGGGCGGCUCUGUCUCUGUGCGACGGUGUGGCUGGCUACGUGCAAACUAAUCACGGACGGUACUUCAUCGAGCCAGUGUAUCAGGCGGAACCCGAGCCCGACGGCCAGCACAUUCACGUCGCUUACAAACGGGAUGCGCCGCACGAGAAGAAAGGGCAAACCGAUACCGUGUCGAAGAGACAUUGUGGAACCAGCGACAACUGGGAGUCAGCGUGGGCGGAGCAGCUGGCUAAAAGGCAGAUGCAACUAAUGGAAAAUAAUUCUCUCGGCGCGAGGCGCGAUACCGCGGUAUCUACGGGGACGCACAGUAUACACCGUUACAUUGAAGUUGGAUUAAUCGCCGAUCGGAGAUUCCUCGACUUUCACAAUAACACGGAUUACGAGCAAUAUCUCUUGACGGUCAUGAACAUGGUGUCCGACUUUUAUCACGACAAUUCCGUAGGGAAUCAAAUAGACGUCGUCUUAGUACGCGUGAUAUAUUUGGAGAAAGAGAAAGAGGAGAUAGAUUUGCUCAUUAGUCCGGAUGCCGAAAAUACAUUGGAGAGUUUCGCGAAGUGGGCAGAGAAGAUGAAUCCCAAAGAUGACACGCAUCCCAAUCAUUAUGAUAUAGCGGUAUUGGUCACUAGGUAUGAUAUUUGCUCGGAGGGAACCAAUUGCGACCUAAUGGGUUUGGCUCAUGUCGCAGCGGCCUGCGACUCGGCAAAGGCUGCCUGCAUUAAUGAAGACAACGGACUUCUGCUCGGCAUCGUGAUUGCCCACGAAGUUGGUCACGUAAUGGGUUGUUCUCACGACGAGCCCGAAACCAGCGGAUGUCCAUCGAAGGACACGGACGAUAGCUACUUUAUUAUGUCCCCUAUCGUCUUCCUAUAUACCAUCCGAUGGUCGAGCUGCAGCAGGAAAUUUAUAACAGCUUUUCUCGAGAGCGGGUUAGGCGAAUGUUUGAACGACAAUCCAAGAACUCCCUCGGAGAAACUGAAAUAUCCUAACAUGUUGCCGGGUGCGAUGUACGACGCUACCUUUCAGUGUGACAUGCAGUUUCCUGGCUCGAAAGUGUGCCCGCAAUCUCAAGCGACCGGCUGCGAGACUCUGUGGUGCUUGACCAACACGAGCUGCUAUUCCCUGGGGACACCAAAAGCAGACGGUACCAAGUGCGGUGAGAACAAGUGGUGCAUCCACAAGAAGUGCGUGGACAUGGGCACUCGACCGGCCGCGGUUCACGGCGGAUGGGGCGAAUGGGGUCCCAUGGGCCCCUGCAGCAGGACCUGCGGCGGCGGUCUUAAGUACUCCGAGAGGGAAUGCGACCGCCCGGUACCGGCGAGCGGCGGCAGGUACUGCAUCGGCGAGAGAAGAAGGCUCUUCACCUGCAACAUCACGCCCUGCGACCCGACGAAACCGCCGUACCGUGCGGUGCAGUGCUCGGAACACGACAACGAAGAGAUCCUGACGGACGGGCUUCAUCAAUGGAAGCCAUACAUGGACCCGAAAUUAGAGCCCUGCGCGCUUUACUGCAUCAACGAGAGGCAAACCUACGUGAAGAUCUCAUCGACGGCGAACGAUUCUACGCCCUGCAAGGCUGGGACCAACUAUAUGUGCAUCUCUGGAACUUGCAGGAAAGUUGGAUGCGAUUGGGAGAUAGACUCGGACGCAAUUGAGGAUAAAUGUGGCAUAUGUAAAGGCGACGGGACCAAGUGCAGCCUAGUGGAGGGCGAGUUUACUGAAACAGCGUCGCAAAGCGCAUAUGUGAAGAUCGUAACAAUUCCGAGGGGAGCUCGAAGCGUGCAGGUUUCCGAGAGAAGACCCAGCGAGAACAUACUGGCCGUGAAACUCGAAAAAGAUAAAACAUACUGCAUCAAUGGAGACAACCGCGAGUUUAGAAGCGGAGAUUACGAGUGCGCUGGAACGAUGAUUAUCUACACGCAUCCGGAACCGGACAAGGAAGUAGUGGAUAUGAAAGGCCCGAUAUCCGAAAACAUCGAGAUACAAUAUGCGUUCUUCAAUCCUCAAUAUAAUCCUGGAAUAAAUUAUAAAUACUACGUGAGAUCGACGAAUGUAUCGUACACGCCCAAGUACAUGUGGGACUUUAUCGAGUGGUCAGAAUGCAGCGCUAAGUGCGACGGCGGCACGAUGAUAUCCGAGGCGUCCUGCAUCGAGGAACAGGGCGGACGAGUGACACCCAACUUCUGCGACGGCAUUCCGCGCCCGGAAGCGAAGAGCCGCAUCUGCAAUCAGGCCCCUUGUCCUGCGAAAUGGAGAGUGAGUCAAUGGAGCAAAUGCAGCGCCUGCGAUGGGAAGAAGGGUAUGAGGCAUCGGAAGGUUCAAUGCGUGAGGCCAGGUGCCAGACCCGGGGAAGACGACGUGCAGGCAAAUCUGGACGCGUGCAAGGGUCGCGUACCGAGGCAGAAAGAGGAGUGUAUAGGUACAAUCGUGAUUUUUUUUCACGUUCGAAAUAUCUUCGGCCUGACAUAACUUGAAAUGAAAAUUCGAAACUCGCAAAAACACUCACGAUGCAUUUUCGCGUUAGGUACAAGACCCUGCAAAAAAAUGUGUCCUAAGAAAACUCGACGGUCCAACGAGCGGGAGUUCACGGACGUGCAAAAGAGAGUGAGCCUAUCACCGGACGAUCAGCGGCGAAUGAUCGACAGAUAUGUCGAUCUCGGUUUGGCCCGUUACUUAGAGAAAGCAAGGCGCGACGAGUUGGCGCGCGAAGACGACGGUCUCGAAGGAACGAGCGCCGCCCGGGACUUCCGACAGGUUCUUUACGACUGGGCGAUGACAAACGGGGACAAGCGUAAGCGCACCUGCGACCCCGCGGAGGAGAGAUUCACCACGCCGAAGCCGGGAUCCAUCAUCAAAGAUGCGAUACCCAUCGAGAACGUCGUACUAAUGCAGGCGCCGUAUAUGGACGAGGCUCUGCAGUCUAAUCUGUCGGACAAGGCGUUCCAGGAAGCCGGCGAUCGCGUCGGCGUGGGCAUUGACACGAGCCGGGAGAAGGUGUACAAGGGCGCCCAGGCGAUUAGGCUUAUCGGACAGCUAGCCCAUCGUAAUCUGACGACGACUCGGCGCGCCGUUUCCACUACCGAGAGCGAAGCUAUCAGUCCAUCUCAAUCAGUCGAUAUCGCGGAAAAAAGACGUUGAGCAACGAGGAAAAAAAGUUAAACGUUGCGAUAAACGUACGUUUAUCUCCGCACAUAAUUGUUCGUCCGUGUAUAAGUGAUAGAAUCCAGAAAUAUAUGAAUAUUUAGACACAG